AUCAUAAGGUCUCGCGAAAAGUUAGGUAUUUGUACGCACCUGGCAGCAUUUUAUCUACUUGACGUCGUCGACAGAGCGCGGUGCAGUCGUAUGUCAGCAACAUGGCGGGCGUGUUGUUCGAAGAUAUUUUCAACGUGAAGGACAUUGAUCCGGAGGGCAAGAAAUUCGACAGGGUGAGCAGACUCCAUUGCGAGUCGGAAUCAUUCAAAAUGGAUCUCAUCCUGGACAUCAACAGUUGGUUGUACCCAAUGGAACUAGGAGAUAAAUUCCGUCUUGUGCUGUCGACGACGUUACGUGAAGAUGGAUAUCCAGAUGGUAACGAAUGGAAUCCUAUGGAACAGGAGGGAGGUUCCAGAGCGGACAGCUUUGAGUACGUCAUGUCCGGCAAGGUGUAUCGAAUUGAAGGUGACGAAGCCAACAAUGAACCCAGCAGCAGACUAUCAGCUUAUGUAUCUUUUGGAGGUCUGCUGAUGAGGUUACAAGGUGAUGCGAACAAUCUGCACGGCUUCGAGAUAGAUCAACACAUGUACCUAUUAAUGAAGAAACUUGCAUUUUGAUAUUUUCAUCGUCAAUUUUUUAUCAUUUAGAAAUUCUUUCAACCAAUGUCCUAUUAGUGAAGAAAUUUGAAUUUUAUUUUCUAAUAUGUAAUAUUAAUACACCAGU